AAGGAUGUGGGGAGUAGGAGAGAUAGGAAUGUAUAAAAGGAAAUUGCAUGUGCCCGUCCUGUGUUUUCAUUUCAUGUUUUUCACAAGGUCCAUGAAUGCAAAAUGAAGCUAUUUCUCCUAAGCUGCUUGCUGAUUUCUUGCUGUUUCCAAGCUGGGGCUGUGAACCGGGAAUACUAUAUUGGCAUUACAGAGACAGCCUGGAACUAUGCACCUGGCAAUGCCAAUGCCAUCUCUGGGCAGCUUUUUGCAGAAGAAGAGCAGGCUGAAGUCUUUCUCAAAAGAGGACCACACAGGAUAGGAAGCACGUACAAGAAGGCUAUCUACAUUCAAUAUACCAAUCAUUUAUAUGAUGUGAUAGUUGACAAACCUUCCUGGCUGGGUUUUUUAGGUCCUAUAAUUAAGGGAGAAGUUGGAGAUUCCAUUACUAUUCACUUGAAAAACUUUGCUUCCAGAAACUACACACUGCAUCCACAUGGUGUAAGAUACACAAAAGAAAAUGAAGGUGCUUUUUAUCCUGACACCACCAAAGAUUUGCAAAAGCAAGAUGAUGCUGUGGAGCCUGGAGGCCAGUACACUUACACAUGGGAUGUGACAGAAGAUCAAGGUCCAGCUGAAGCAGAUGCAGACUGCAUAACCAGGGCUUACCACUCCCACAUAGAUGGUCCAAGAGAUGUUGCCUCAGGUCUUGUUGGGCCUUUAAUAAUUUGCAGGAAAGGUACAGAAAUUAAGAGGGACAGUGAUCAACACUUUGAUGCUGAAUUUAUCCUUAUGUUUUCUGUGGUGGAUGAAAAUCUCAGUUGGUAUCUAGAGGACAAUAUCAGAACCUACUGUUCUGAGCCUUCCAAAGUGGACAAAGAUAAUGAGGACUUCCAGGAAAGCAAUAAAAUGCACUCUAUCAACGGGUACAUGUAUGGAUACCUCCCAAACCUCACAAUGUGUGUGAAAGAUAAGAUAAAAUGGCAUCUCUUUGGCAUGGGUAAUGAAGCUGAUAUCCAUUCAGCCUACUUUCAUGGGCAGACCUUAAUAGAAAGGCAUCAUCGAGUUGACACCAUCAGCCUGUUCCCAGCCACAUUCAUGGAUGCUGUCAUGGUACCAAGGAGCCCUGGGGAAUGGCUGCUCAGCUGCCAAGUGAAUGACCAUAUUGAAGGUGGUAUGCAGGCCCUUUUUAAAGUAGAAGAUUGUAAGAAAUCCACACCAAGUCACAAUGAGAGUACAAAGAUAAGACAGUACUUCAUUGCUGCUGAAGAGAUCAUCUGGAAUUAUGGCCCAUCUGCAGUGAACCAUUUUACAGGACAAGAAUUAAUUGUUGACAGUGAAUCUCACAUCUUCUUUAAACAAAGUGAGACAAGAAUUGGUGGCUCCUACAAAAAAGCAAUUUACAAAGAAUACACGGAUGGUUCUUUCACUGAAUAUAAAAAAAGGCUUGCAGAGGAAGCACAUCUUGGACUCCUAGGACCUGUGAUCAGGGCUGAAGUGGGUGAGCGCAUCAUGGUGACCUUCCGGAACAACGCCAGCCGCCCAUUCAGCAUCCAGCCCCACGGUGUGAGUUACCGCAGCAGCGAGGCAGGGGCACGCUAUGGCAGUGCCUCCACAGGUACCAAAUCUCCAGCCUCUCAUGUGAGUCCCGGCACCACAUUUACAUAUGAAUGGGAUGUGCCAGAAGAUGUGGGUCCCACAGAGCAAGACCCAGACUGUUUAACCUGGCUUUAUUACUCAGCUGUGGAUGCAGUCAGAGACACCAGUUCUGGCCUUGUUGGUCCUCUCCUAGUGUGCAGGAAAGGAGCUCUGCUUUCUUCUGGGAAACAGAAAAAUGUGAACGUGGAGUUUUUUCUACUUGCCACAGUAUUUGAUGAGAAUCUGAGCUGGUAUUUGGAUGAUAAUAUUUUGAUGUUUACCCUAAGGCCUGACAAAAUUGACAAAGAUGAUGAAGACUUCCAAGAGUCUAACAAAAUGCACUCCAUUAAUGGUUAUAUGUAUGGAAAUCAGCCUGGUCUUGAGAUGUGUAAAGGAAGUGUUGUUUCCUGGCAUUUGAUGGGCUUGGGUUCAGAAGUUGAUGUCCAUGGGAUCUACUUCUCAGAAAACACUUUUGUGUCAAAAGGAACAAGAAGGGAUACAGCAAAUCUGUUUCCACAUACAGUUCUUACAGCUAUUAUGAAGCCUGAUUCUGAAGGAGUUUUUGAAGUGUCCUGCCUGACAACAGACCACUACACUGGGGGCAUGAAACAGAACUACAAAGUGAAAAAAUGCCAUUGGUGGAAUGUAGAUUUAUCUAUGUAUUUGCAUGAAAAGAUUUACUACAUUGCUGCAGUGGAAGUUGAAUGGGACUAUUCUCCUAACAGGACAUGGGAAUUUGAGCGGCAUCAAUACCAUGAGGAAAGCCCUGGCAACCCAUUUUUAAAUAAAGAUAACAAAUUCAUUGGCUCAAAGUACAAAAAGGUAGUAUAUCGUGAGUACACCGAUCAGACAUUCAGUACUCUCAAAAACAGAGCAAAGGAGCAGCAGCAUCUGGAAAUUCAAGGGCCAUUGCUUGUGUCAAAUAUUGGAGAUAAAAUCAUAAUAGUUUUUAAGAACUUAGCAUCAAGACCCUAUUCUAUCCAUGCCCAUGGAGUGAAAACAGACAGUUCUGUUGUUGCUGUAACUAACCCAGGUGAAACAAAAAUGUAUGUCUGGAAAAUCCCAGAGAGAUCUAGUCCUGAGAGAGGAGAUUCACACUGUAUUCCAUGGGCAUACCAUUCAACAGUGGACAUUGUUAAGGACACUUACAGUGGAUUAAUAGGCACACUUGUUGUGUGUCAUAAACAUUACCUGCCAUCAUUUCACACUAAAAAGAAAGUUCAAUUUGCUCUUCUCUUUAUGGUUUUUGAUGAAAAUGAGUCUUGGUACUUGGAUGAAAACAUUAAAAUGUAUUCUACCAACCCACACCUUGUUGACAAAGAGGAUGAGGAAUUCCUUGAAAGUAAUAAAAUGCAUGGCAUUAAUGGAAAGGUGUUUGGAAAUUUACAUGGCCUGACUAUGCAUGUUGGAGAUAAUGUCAGCUGGUAUUUGAUGGGAAUGGGCAAUGAGAUAGACAUUCACACAGCACACUUCCACGGCCACAGCUUUGACUACAAGCAAACAGGGGUUUACCGGGCAGAUGUCUUUGACCUGUUCCCUGGGACAUCUCAAACUGUGGAAAUGACCCCACAGAACCCUGGAACCUGGCUGUUACAUUGUCACGUUACUGCCCACAUCCACGCAGGCAUGGAAGUGACCUACACUGUGCUCCCGAAGGAAGUCAAACAGUCUCUGCUCCCAAGAUUAUUCAAUCAGUUCAACUGUAAAGGCAUGACAGGCACCCAAGAAUGAGAAAAGAAUUUUAACAGAGUGAUCCUCCAAGGUCUACCUUCAUUUCUUGGAAAAUACUCUCUCCUAGACCACUCAUCUCUACAGGUUUUGGAAGAUUUCACAUAGUGGCCAUGACUAAGAAAAGAACCACAGGCUAACACAGGUGAAUGGAUGUAACAGCUUAUAAAUAUAUAUUUCUAUAAAUAAAAACAGAAUCUUGCAAUAUU